CGGGAAGCGUAGGAAAAAGAAAAAUAUAAGAUAGUGAAAAAUUGGAAGUGUAGAGAAGUACAGUGCACCAGAACGGCAGCAUCAGAAAUAGUUAGAUUAAGUGCGGAAAGAAUUGUUGGUUUAAACUAAAAGGAAUAAAAAAAAGAUAGUGGUGCAGAAACACUAAGCCGUGCAUGCAGAGAAGUGAUCUAAUAAAGAAGAACAAAAUAUGAUACAAUAGAACACAUAAACACAAAACAAAAAGAAUAGAGUUGGAAUUAACAUAAAGAGGAAACGGAGUCGCAGCCAGAUACCAGCGCACUGCAAUAAAGAACCCUUUCAAGGCGUUAGUAGUAUAUCGCACGUGUAAAUCACCAUGGCGCUAGUGGUGUAGAUCGACUGAUCGACCAAAAUAAGCUAAAGCCUGAUAAAGCCACCCGCGCGACUGUCUCAGAUGCAAACGUACAGGCAGGCAGCAAACGUUGACGUCCGGAACGGUGGUGCCGGUACACCAGCUGCUGCUGCUGCAGCUACUGUUAAUGCAGUUUUGGCGGAUACGUUGAUUAUGCUGAUAGCUGAACCGAACGCCGUCGUUACACCGUUGCACGCACACCAACCGGAAGGGUUCGGUGGCAAAGAGGUGGAGGCACUGCCCGGAACACGCGUCCAGAAGCUGCGAGCCGUGGAGUGGCGGCGGGCGCACGCAAGCGGAGCAAAUUGAACCCAGAAGGAGCCGUGUGUCGUGUGCGCAGCGGAAAGGUGCGCGCACCAUUAUUCAAGGGAGAAGCAGCGAUUUGUCCGCGCCACCACUUGGGUAGGUGUCAGUAUAGCAGUUGCCGCUGAAACAGUUACAGCGGGCCACAACCACACAGUAAACAGAUCGUUCACGUCUGCGGCGGCAGCGUGUCUACCAGGCUGUCAAACCUGACGAUCGGGAAAAAACACAACUUUUAUUUGAGAACAAAAAACGGGCAGACCACAGAGGAGCGCAAACCUCAGACCUGAGAAACGAAAGCAAGAGAAGGAGUGUGCCGCGCAACUGUCGUGGAGUUUUUAUAGCAAACAUAUAAAAAAAGGAAGAAAUCCGAGCAGCAACGUAACAGCGCGAGAACGCGUGAACAACUUAAUCUACUUUACCGUACUUAGUAGCACCAGAUACCGUGUAAACGCGGGAAGCGAAAGGCGAGAGGUAUCUGGGAAUAAAAUAAACAUUCAAAAAAAAAACACCAACGCAGAGGAAGCUGCCGAAACAAAUCGUGAUACACAAUCGUCGAGAGAGCAAAAACAGUGAACAAGCAGGGCAGUAGAGAAAGGGAUCUAGUACGCUUUGAAUUCGGCGGAAAACGAAUAUUAAGUUAACCAAAAAAAAAAAAACAAAAAAAAAAAGAUAGAAAAACUCGCCACCACAAACACGGAAGACCGGUGUUGCCUGAGCCGAGCUCGGGCUAAAAGGAAAAAAAACAUCAUCAACAAUAUAUGAAGUAAAAAAAACAAUUCAUAAAAACGGCAGACUUCAGCAGAACAGAUGAUCGGUGGUUUAUAUUUAGCCGGUUCUGGUUACUAAGAUUAUCCUGCGGCGUUGCGAUCUGUUAAAGCGUGUGAAAACUAGGACGGGCACGGAAAGGAAUGCUAAGAAAAGUACGAAAAACAAGGAUUUGUAAAAUACCCGAGUGAAGAUUUGCCUGCCUACUUGGUUUACUAAAAGUGAUAUAAACCACAAACUACUGUGAAAGUAAAACUUAAAGGGAAGAAAAAGAGAACACAGAAUCAAAAGCAGAACAUACUGGUGCUGGUGUGAUAAAGCACGGAUUCAUAGUGAAAUUAUCGAAUACCAACUAUCCUUUAACAUCCCCUCCUCGUCUCUACACUCACCUUCCCUUACUAGUCCAUCACAAAACCCUAUAAUCCGGCAGACGGUGUGGAAAAGGUAUUGGGAAAAUGAAUAUAGAUGCAACGGAACAAUCACCACAACAGGCAGCGCAGAAUCAGCAGCAAACGCACCAACAGGAUACGGCGACGGUAGUGGCAUUACUCAUUUCACCAUCCUCCGCCUCGUCACCGACAUCCACCGUAUCGCCGACGGCAUCAUCGAUUUCGAAAAACAGCAGCACGGACGAGGUCGAUGAAACUACGGCGGAAGCAGCGGACCUUCACAGCAGCGAAUCCCAGCCACCGCGUGAUGUAGGGCAGCGACCAAAUGAGCAACCGAUCGGUGAACGCCAACAGCCGGAUGCCACUCUCGCUAGCGAUCAUCAGCAUGUUGUCGCACGGCAAGAAGAGCGUUACCAGCGAUCGUCGAUGGCGGCAAGCAUACCAUCGUCGAUGCUCGGCACCGCCGAGGAAGACGGAGCUGCCAGUGCUCGGGCGAUGACAUUUGCUUCUGCUAGCUGCGAUGAUGGGGUGCUGGAAACGACGGACCACACACUGCUGGCCCAGUGCACAACGGUCGGAAACGUGACGGCCUCCGCCUCCGAGAAAGAUGACCAACCGGUCGUCACCAGUGCCACUGCCGCCAUCGAUGACGAAGUGUUGGACAGCUUGAACAAAAGGAUGGCUUCUGCAGAGAUCACAGACAACGACACCACCACCACCAAGACGGAUGUGGUACGAGAGCAAGAGUUAACGGCGGAUACCGCAAUUCCCCAGCAAUCGACAAGUUCGAGUUCGUCUACAAGUUCGUCACCAGGAGCGGGGACAGAUGCGGCUAAGGAAGUAGUUGCUUUAGCCGACAGCGGCCUGCCGACGGCGACCGUGCUGGCAGCCGCCAAUAAUAACCCGAUGCCCGACGAGGACAACGAAGAUGAACAGGCUGACAGUAGCAGUUGUAGCAAUAGUAGCAGUACUGAUACCACCAGCAGCACCAGUGGAAGCAGCAAUAGUACCAACACCAGCAGCAGCAGUAUCAACAAUAAUGACCGCUUCAACAACAACAACAACAACAACAACACCAACUGUAGUACCGGACACAAGAAGGAAGAGAUCGAGAGCGGUGACAUCGAUAGCGGUGGUAAGGUUAAGGUUGGCACCGCCUGUGACAAUGAUUCGUCGUUGCGCAUCGAAAAGGAGGAAGGCGUCCGGACGUCUACUGCAACCGAAAUAGCACCCGGGCAAGGCGAAGGCAGCAGCAGCACCAGCAGCAGUGUCACAUUGCCCAAUGCCGAGCUCAGUAGCGGGACGGUAUUGGUAACACAUGAAGCCGCACCGGCGGCACCAUUAGACAGAGUACAAAUCUUGCCCGAAACGAUGGACCACAGCAAACAGGAGGAGCAGCAAGUGCACGCGAAGGCGUCGGAAGCGGCAGACCACGACGACAACGACAACGAUGAGGGUGUCGGUCUGUCGUCGAUGACAGUGACAGCACCAACGGUGGGUGAAGUGGCCGAGGAAAAUAACACCAUUAGCACCGCAAGUAGUAGUGCUAUCGUUGUCGCCGUCGGUGUUGGUGAUGGUGGCGAAGGAACAUCGUUAUCGUCGCCUUCGUGUAGCAGGGCACCACCAGCGGCGGGGCCUCUGGGGGACGGAUCGUCCUCGUCGUCCACCACCUCAGUAACCGCUGCCACCCUCCCAUCGUCCCGUUCGUCCUCCCCGCCGUCGUCGUCGCCCUCGGAGUCGUCACCCAGCGCCACGGUGCCACAGCAAGCGCUGGCAGAAGCCCAGCAAGCAGCACCAUCGAUGGCCGAUCGACAGUUAUGUGAUAGUUCGCCUAAAGGACACUCCUUUGUUGUCGGCGUCGUCGAAGGCCAACGCAGUAAGAGCACCGAGGUGCAGGCACCAUCAUCACGAAGCCCUCACCAAUCGACCGCCAUCGGCACCGAGGCUAAUCCGUUGAUAUCAAUGCAUCCUUCGACCGCGACGCAUUUGGCGGUAGUCGUAGAGGAUGACGGUGGCGAUCGAGACGACGGCACGCACGCUCCUUCGAACUCACGGCCACUAACGCUAGCCGAGGAACUGUCUCAGGCCGAUGCGGCUGGUUCCCUCACCUCCUCCUCCUCCUCCUCGUCGGUAUCGCCGUCGGUGGUUGCGCCCGGAUCAACCUCCUUAACCGCGGCAGUCGUAGCCGUCCUACCAAAGAGUGCUGCAGGCACAGCAGUAGCAGCAGUAGCGGCUAGUAGUGGCAGCAGUCGAAGCACGUCGCCCAUUUUGCACAGCAGCCUUAAGAAAUCGCACAGAAUGGGAUUUAUGACCGGAGCGGCAGUGACGGGGCCAGCAGGAGCAGAGGCAGCGGCGACCGCGGUGGCGACCAACGAGCCCCGACGACGGGUGUCCUUUCCAAAGGAUGCGCAGCUCAUUACCGGCUACCUGGACCCUGUUAACCCCUGGGCUUGUAUAUCGGUCUGUGAAUCAUCGGAGUUACUCGAGCUGUACCGUAGCUCUUGUAAGCGGCACUGCACCCUACCACUGAAGAAUGUCUUGGAGCACCUAAAGUCGAUCGAUAACAGCAAGGGUCGCGUACCAUUGCUCUCGCUGAAAGACCAGCAGCUCAGCUAUGGUGCGUGCGAGGCGCUGGAGGAAAUAUUCAAGCACGUGCAGUACCGGUGCAUUGACCUCUCGCACAGCGGGCUGGACGACGUAACGGCGAGCGUGAUGUUCGACAUCAUUGAGUACUACGAGGCGGCGAACGAGCUCGAUAUUUCCGACAACCUGCAGCUGUCGAGCAAGAGCUGGACGGCGUGCAUCAACAUGCUCAAGAAGAGCCAGGCGCUGAAUGUGCUGAUCACGCGUGGACCCACGAUAUCGGACUACCAGGCCACGAACCUCGCGAAAGCGCUCAACACCUCCGCCAUACACACGCUCAAGCUGGAGCACUGCGUGCUGAGCCAGCAACCGAUCGCGUCGCUCUGCACGAUGCUGAAACGGAACACAGUAUUACGGGAGCUCUGGUUGGCGCACAAUCAGCUGAGCUGCGAGGACGCCCAGCAGAUAGCGAAUCUGCUGCGUUCGAACUAUUACAUUCAGCUGAUAGACAUUUCGAACAACAGGAUCGGGGAUAAAGGCGUCGACCAUAUCGUUACUGCGAUCGUCGAGCAAUCGAUCUACUUCAAGGACAUGCAGGAGAAGAAACGUAAAAGCGACCUUAAUUUUUCCGACCUGUCGAGCAGCUUGAACAGCAUCAACAACGGUGUAAAGAACUAUUUCCCACAGCGGAUACGAUCCAGCGAGCCCAUUGCGAUCGCGACCGCGCCGCAUCAGGUGGUCAGUAGCGACGACGACAUGCGCUGCACACCGUCCGCCAUCACCCUCACGCCUCCGGUGACGCCACCGUCGACUCCGGCGCUCCCCGCGGUCACGACUCCCACCGGUGAUCCCGCGGACCGAACCGACCGGAGCGAGAUGAUGGAAACGGCGCAGAUCAGCGAGGCCGGUAAAACGGCGACAAUGUAUACGAUAAACCAGCACGGGGUGGGCAUUGAAUCGAAAGCGAAUGACACCGCGGCACCACCAGCGCCUUCCCCGCCGACACCGCCCGCCGAUGCGGUUGCUCCACCAAACGUGAAUCUAGUGCAAACGAGUACAAACAAUAGCGUAAGUCUACAAACUAGUGAUAGAGAAAAGCCCGCCACGGUGGAACGGCCGACGGCUGGUGGGAUGGUGACGGCCGAGGAGGAAGCGCUGCUGCUGUCGUCCGUCGUCGUCGUUGGCGAACGCCCGACGGAAGUGCCGAGCACCACUGGCAUGGAGGAAAUAGUACAAAGCGAACAGACGGUUGCCGCCACCACGCUGGAGGAUGAGAGUUUGGAGCUACUGUUGAGUCUGGAGACGCCAUCGUCGGACAGCCCGGUACCACAGGCACCGAAAAAGGCCCGGCUGGCUAAGCAGGAUAGUGUGCUGAGCGAGUUUGAAGCAUCGGUAGCCAUGGAUAUCACCACCAAAGACGGUGGCAAAGGCGUUGAAUCAGAGCAAAAACCAAAGCACGAUACGAACAGCAGCAGCAUCGCAAGGCAACCGAUGCCCAAAGUGGCAAUGAUGGAGGAGGAUGCUCCGGAGCUGUGCGCUGAUUACGACGACGAUGGUAGUAAUUUGCAGAUCUCGCAGGAGAACCUCUUCGUCGACCUUGGCAUACCGGCGGUUUGUGAGGAGGAGGAGGAUGUUGAGGAGAUAGAGCGAGCAACCGGCUCCGCGGCAGUGGCAGCACCGCUGAAGAAAGAUGAGCUGCAGUUGUUGAUUGAAAAAUCGAAGAAAGUGGAUGCGGAUCAGCUUGAGACUGCCGAGGUCCCUGCGAAGGAACAGAACGCUCCGCAGACGACGAUAGCACCGCCAGUCCGGGUGAGAAAAAGUGCCAUUAGUAGUGAUGAAAGGGAGCAGUCGCCAUCGCUUUCGUCGGUGCCUAUCCAAGCGCCGAAGAAAGAUCGAAGUCAUUCGAGCAGUAGCGAUAACACGGUCGAAGGCGGUGGCAGCGCCGUUGGAGUGCGCAUAGUGGAAGUGGAGAUCAAGGAUAGCGUUCCGCUGUCACGCUCGCUAGACUCGGUCGGUGGCGAUGAGUCGGACUUCGAGAGCAGCAGUCCGUUCAUGACAACUGCACCGAGCAGCUUUCCGAACGAACGGUCGUUCAGCUCGGAGAGCCUGAACAGCGAGACGUCGAUCGAUUCGAACGACUCGAAGUCGAGCCUCAAGAUCAUCGAGUCCAAGUUUGCCGCUAAGAACGGAACGCUCGAGCGACAGCAGCAAUCGAACGGGAACCGUGAAUCUACCGGUGGCGAUCAGGCUUCGACCGCGCCGACCGGCCUACAGGUGCUGGUACUGUGGAACAACGAAAUUACGCGCAAUUCGAUGCGCCAUUUUUCACGACUGCUCGAAAAAACCAGCACCCUGGAUACGCUGAACGUGGGCAGCAACCUGCUGUGCAAUAACUUUGUCGCCGGUAUUGGGGCCGCCCUGAAGGCGAACGGAAGCCUUACCAACCUGGGCCUGCAGGGUGCGCACCUGUCGGACAAGGGUGCGAAGGCGAUGGCAGAGGUGAUCGAGUUCGGGGGCAACGCAUCAUUGCAGCGGAUUGAUUUGAGGAACAACAACAUUCAAAAGGCGGGUCUGGAGGCUCUCAACGAGGCCAUGAAGUCGAACAAAUCAGUUACCCGAAUCGAUUUGGACGAUACCCCUCGAAGGGUCAAGGAUACCUCAAUGGAUGGCGUCGGAUCGGAGUACAGCCGGCUGGUGAAUAACAUCCGGGCACAGUGCGAGCGAAACAAAAACCCACCGGAACCGAGCGAACCGAUCAACGCGUCGGUGAAGCGCGCCCGAGCAAACUAUCUCAGCUCCCGGAAGAUCUCCCUCACCUGCCCAUCGAUCAAGACGUCACCAAGUGCCAUCUCGGGCGCGGACAAGCAGCACCUGCUCGAUCCAAGUGGGUGCAAAAAGACGCCACCGGGCACCACCACCGGUGGUGGUCGUUUACGAUCGCCAUUGCCCAGUCCCAUCCCCUCGCCCAUUGCAUCGCCGGUGCCGAGCCCGUCGCGCAAUCGGUUCCACGUGUCGCGAGUAACCGACGCUGCAUCGGGUGGUGGUACCGGAGGUGCUAACCCGUCCGGAUCCCCGUCACCGUCCUCCACCGGCAGCUCGCCGACACUCUUCUUUCCCUCGAACUCGCGCUUCAGGGUGGUGACGGUGGCGGAACCGGACCUCAAGAGUGCUAACAAUCGUAACAGUGGCAGCACCAUCAGUUUACCCAUGAGCAGCAGCAAAUCAUCCCCUUCGGUGUCACCUUCGAUGGCGGGGAGCGUUGGCUCAUCCGCGAUGGCUGUCCACCGGCGUCCGGUGUGCAGCUCCGCACCGACACUAUCAUCCUUCCCUUCACCACUGUCACCGCUGGCGGGCGUACCCACAACGAUGGGCGUUCGACCGAUGACUCCUUCACCGGUCCCUCCGCCGCCUCUUUUGCCUGUCGUAAUGCCCAGCAACACGACCUUUAGCACGUCCAUUCAACCCACACCACUAAUGGCGGCACCACCGAUGGGUCCAUCACCCACGAUGGUUGUGCCCACACUGGUCGGGCCCACACUUGUGAACCAAUCAAUGCCACUCCAGCCACAGAUACUCUCACAGCCGCCGUUCCAACAACUACCGCCACUUGCGCCAUUCGCGCAGCAACACACCCCUCCAGGCUACCACUUUGUCACAAUGUGUAGGCCGGGCAGCAAUACACCGAUUACCAUACAGCAGCAGCAGCUACAACAACCACAACCACAUCCAUCCCUUGUAAUGUUCCAUCAACUUACGAAGAACACAGCAGGUCCACAGACAUCGAUACACCUGCAACAGCAGCAGCAACAGCAACCACAACAACAAACCCAGUACAUCUCCGCCCAUCCUCCCACGAAAGUGCGCCAUUCGUCGUCGUCGUCGUCUCAUCACCAUCUACAGCAACACCAUAGCAGUAGCAGCAACAGCAGCACCCUGCACGAUUCCGUGUUGUCCUCGACCAGCAUCGAAAGUCCGGAUCUGGAAGUAAAGCGUUUCAUGUCGGGUGGUGGUAGUGGUGGCGGCGGUGUACUCGAUGACAGUUGCUGCUCGUCGAUCAGUAGCAGUAGCAUCGAUUCGAUCGACAAUCCACACUUUAUCAGCACCUCCAUCAGCUCGACGGAUGAAAGCUUCGAUCUGGUGGUCAGCUCGCCACCUCCCUCCGGGGGUGGGUCGUCUUGCUCGUCGUUUUCGAUCGUCCCUUCACAAACGUCUCGACCGCAAGAAGAGGAAAGUACGCUCAUACCGAGUGCGAGUGGUGGUGCCGGCGGUGGUGGUGGAUAUCAUCUGGCGGGGAAACAAACUGCUGCCGCGCUUGAAGGAGCAGGCCAGCAACCACCAAUCGCCAGUUUGUCGACGUCGAGUAUCGGUGCACAGCUGAAUACGGCCAGCUCGCAAGAGUCACUGUACGAUGUGCACGAUCUGUCCGCGUCCUCCAACUCGUCCCUCACGGGCACUGUCACUGUAAACUGGGCGCAGCAAGGACCAGCGGCAGCUGGAAUCAAGCAGCAUGCAGCCCCCGUCGCCCAUCACGCAGCACCGCCUAUCGCGGCGAACGUAAAGGCGGCAGCCCAUUUGGCAAGCAACUCCAACGAAAGUACCCUCACGUCUGUUCAAAGCCUCGACCGGGAGCCGGCGAAGGUUCAACCUGCUGGCGAGAAAGCACCCCGUGUACGAAAGACCUCCUGGAUACUCGGUGGUGUGGGGGGAGGUACCGGUGGGGGUGGAAGUAAACACAGCGAUUCUGGCUCAAGUGGAGGCAGCACUCCAACGCCCAGCGGUGGUGGCAGCGGGUAUCCACCGGCGAUCGAAAAGCUUCUCAGCAUCUUUCACAACCCGUUCUCCAGCUCUAGCAAGGCAUCGUCGGCCAGUCCACCACCACACGCGACAGAGUCGUCUGCCUCGUCGGGAGGUUCACAACCACCGUCGCGGAAGGAAAGUCCCAUGGGUGGAUUGUUUCACUGGGCACAUGGAAGUGGCGGUGCCGGUAGUAAUAGUACCAGUCCCACCACCACCACCAAGGAGGAAGUCCAGCGGCUGAAGGAAAAUGUGUCACCCGAAACAACUUUGACGCCACAACAGCUGCAACCGCUGCAGAACCAGCUGCAUACGACCGGUACCUCGGUCCAGCAUCAGCAGCAGAGUGCGGAGAACAUGCCUCCGCAGCUAAAGGUGGAGAUGAAGGAGAACAUUUCACCGGAAAACACCAUCACCCAUAAGCUGCUAACGGCGGUUGUGCCUAGCGGGGAGGCGGUGGUGCUGGCGGCCUCAAAUCUAGCAACGCCUGCCAUCGUAACUCCAGCUGCCGCCCCCCACACGAAGGUCAUCUUUCAGCUCGGUGGUGAUUACGACGAAUCGGAGGACGACAUCGAAACGCUGACGAACAAGUAUGGCAACAAUGCCAGCCUUGCCGGAGUUGGUGGGCAGUACUUUGGUACCGGUGGGCACCACCAGAGCGGACCGAACAGCCUGCUUGGAGGCAGCACGACGAGCAACAGCAGUGGAAUUAGCAUCGGUAGCGGUACAAGUGCUGGCGGUGACAUACCGACCACGAUGAUGGUUCCUUCGCCUACACCGAGCGGUGCUAGUGUUGUCAGUGGCCAGACGUCGGUAUCGUCCGACACGGUGCUGGUGCUGAGCCAUCUCGGCCAACUGGCGCGCGACUCGCUAAGUAUGUUCAAAAACCCUAGCCUUACCUCGCAGGACUCGAUCUCGGUCCGUUCGAUGGACUCACUGGUGGAGAUGGCAACCGGUGGAGCAGCAGCAGCUGCAGCAGCGGCAGACACUCGCGGUCAUCCACCAUCCGCAUCACCGUUGUCAACUGUUCCAGGUCACUCUACUCAACCGGCAUCUGCAUCGGCAUCAUCACCCUCGUCUUUAUCAUUAGGACAUACUGCAUCAUCCCGCUCGUCAUCCCCAUCGGUGGACAACUCCUCGGCCCAGUAGCCACCAUUAUGGCCUGCUGUUGGGGAGUUUAGAGCGAUCGCGGAAGUGCUCAUCUGAAUUUUUGCGCGCAGACAGUUUUCCUUACAUCUGUUUUUCUUUUUCUUCUGUCGUAUACGCACUUGCUGCUUCGUCACCAAACGACAGUCCCCGCUUCCCCCAAGGAACGGUGGUGGUGGUGGUGGUGACGGCAGUAGCACGUUCUAGAAGCCAGAAAGAUUCUAAUCUAUGCUGCGUAUUUGUCUUGUAUGUGCUCGCCGUGCUCGGAAGUUGGUUGUUUUACAUGUUAUUAUAAUUUUUAAAUGUGAAUGCUAUUACUAAGCAAAAUGGGGGAAAAAACAUGGCCAUAAACAACGUA